AGAGCCCCCUGUUCCUUAGAAACCGGGCGGCGUGUUCCCGGUAUCGGUGAGCUGGAUUCCGGUGCCCGCGCAUCCGCACCAGCCUCCCUCAAGGCGGACCGGCGGCCUCCGAAACCGGUCGGGAUCUAUGGUCUCGCAUGCGGCUCUGGACGGGCGAUGCCAGCGUGCCAGGAACCAUGUUUGACCGGGACUAUGGGAAGGUCAGCUCUAUCCUGGAAACCCUUGUAAGGAGAUGAGUCGUUGAGCAGAGGCCAGAAUGAAGUUGCUGCCAGGAGUGGGCGUGUUUGGGACUGGCAGCUCAGCCCGGGUCCUAGUCCCGCUGCUGAGGGCAGAGGGGUUCACCGUGGAGGCCCUGUGGGGUAAGACUGAGGAGGAAGCAAAGCAGCUGGCCGAGGAGAUGAACAUCACUUUCUACACCAGCCGGACUGAUGACGUCUUGCUGCAUCAAGAUGUAGACCUGGUGUGCAUCAACAUCCCACCUCCGCUCACCCGGCAGAUAUCCGUGAAGGCUCUAGGCAUCGGGAAGAAUGUGGUGUGUGAGAAAGCAGCGACAUCAGUGGACGCCUUCCGGAUGGUGACAGCAUCUCGCUACUACCCACAGCUGAUGAGCCUGGUGGGGAACGUGCUGCGCUUCUUGCCUGCUUUCGUGCGCAUGAAGCAGCUGAUCGCGGAGCACUACGUGGGUGCAGUGAUGAUCUGCGACGCCCGCAUUUACUCUGGGAGCCUGCUCAGCCCCAGCUAUGGCUGGAUAUGUGAUGAGCUCAUGGGUGGCGGGGGCCUGCACACCAUGGGCACCUACAUCGUGGACCUGUUGACCCACCUGACUGGCCAGAAAGCUGAGAAGGUGCAUGGGCUCCUCAAGACCUUUGUGCGGCAGAAUGCCACCAUCCGCGGCAUCCGGCAAGUCACCAGCGAUGACUUCUGUUUCUUCCAGAUGCUCAUGGGUGGGGGGGUGUGCAGCACAGUGACGCUCAACUUCAACAUGCCAGGUGCCUUUGUACAUGAAGUCAUGGUUGUGGGCUCAGCAGGACGUCUUGUUGCUCGGGGAGCUGACCUCUAUGGGCAGAAGAACUCGGCCGCACAGGAGGAACUGCUGGUGAGAGACUCUCUGACUGUGGGUGCGGGGCUCCCGGAGCAGGGUCUCCAGGAUGUCCCACUGCUCUACUUGAAAGGUAUGGUCUAUAUGGUGCAGGCCUUACGCCAGUCCUUCCAGGGCCAGGGGGAUCGCCGUACCUGGGACCGCACCCCGGUCUCUAUGGCUGCCUCAUUUGAGGAUGGACUAUAUAUGCAGAGCGUGGUAGAUGCCAUUAAAAGGUCAAGCCGAUCUGGGGAGUGGGAGACUGUGGAGAUGCUGACCGAGGAGCCAGAUGCCAACCACAACCUAUGUGAAGCACUUCAACGGAACAACCUGGAAGGAGCUGCGGUGCCUCUUAGAGGACUUCGGGACUAGACGGACGAGAGACCCGGAAAAAGCAGAAACCCACCAAGCGCCUGAAGCACCUGGAAGGGACACUAACCUGUUGAACCACCUCCAGGCUGUGUGACAUGCUCUCAGUUCCCAGCUCUUGUGAGCUGUCACCCAUGCUGGGGUGGGCUUUGGUGAUGCAACUGCCUUUGAGGCAUUUCUGUUCCCAUAGUAAACCCCUCUUACUUACCUGUAAGUAACCCCAAUAAAAUUCAU